CACCAAACCACCGCGUUGGUAAAACCAUCAAGUGUCAAACGAGAAGAAAGUCGAGAUUGAUCGAGACCGGGUUGAUGUUGUUUCAGGCUGGGGGGCGAGUGGAGGAGCGAUUCGUGGCCGGUGGAGCGCGCGGGUGUUUUUUUUUAUGGGGCCAAGAGAGGCUUUGCCCUGGCAGCACAGCACAUCUUCAUGGUUGGCUUAAAAUAGAUUGAUAGACGUUCGUACUCAGGCUCAGCCUGAGUCUGACCCUCUCCUGACGUGCUUCGUGUUUUGUCUUUCCAUCUUCAUUCCACUCCAAUACUCAUUCUUUCUUGCUGGCUCAAGAAACAGCCCUGGAUACAUUCCUGAGGAACGAAUGCCGGCCGAGUGCGGUAUGCCAACGCCCACACCUUGACUUCGAUCGCCGUGAUUGUUUACGACACCAACAUCUGACACCUCUCUUCUGAACACAACCGUCGACAUCGCAACCAUGCGUCGCAAGUCCGUCAAACCCUCCGAAUACCCGGCCCUGCCCUUCCACAUCAUCCGUUUUACCGUCUUCGUUUCCUCUCUCGUUGUCGCCAUCAUCCUCGCCGUCUUUGCCUACAACCUCCACAAUGCUGAUCAGAAAUUCCCUUGGGCCUUCCUCAUUCUGAUAAUCGCCGCGUUCCUGUCUCUUCUAAACCUCAUCCUAACCACCCUCAUCCACUGCUGCUAUGGCCUCUCUCCACGCCUCUCCCUAGUCACAAACUCCAUCGUCUUCGUCGUCUGGGCUGUCGCCUUCAUUCUCCUUGCCUGGGCGCUCUCGCACACAAUCCUAACAACAUGUAACGCAACUUAUUGGGCCACAUCAACAGGCAUCUCCGUCUGUCGGACAUUCAAGGCCCUCUUCACAUUCACCAUCAUCGGCGCCUUCGGCCUCGUCGCAUCCAUAAUUCUCGAUGUCGUCGCCUACCGUCGUCAAACUAGACUGGGCGAGUACGACCCCAUGGCUCUCGAAGGGCACAACCUGGCAGAGUAUAAGACUGGCACGCAUAAUCGGGACCCCAGCACCCUUUCGGACUCGUUCCCGCAUUCGAAUAUGGGCCCGGUGAUGAUGGAGGACGAUCGCUCGCCGCUUGUUUCUAAUGGGAGAUAUGAGAGUACGCCUGCGCAUUAUAGAGGGCGUUCGGAGUCGAUGGAUAUUGGCGAGAGCAGACCGGCGCAUCAGCCGCCGCCGUCGUAUACUAGUGACCCGUAUUCUGAUGGGCCGGCCCCGCACUCGCAGCCGCAACAGAUGUACCCGGGGACGAGGAUGAGUGCUUACGAUAAUUUCUAUAGGCAGCAAACGAGUUCUGAUCCUGUGAUGUAUAGGUGAAAAGUUGGAACUGGGUCAGUGGGUUAUUAGCAAAACUUCCAUUGACAUUGCUUUAGUUGUCGUGGCUUUACUUCUUUGUUGACUUGACGACAGUGCUGCGUUUUGCGAGGUUUAUAUCUAUGGUCUUCUAUAUUAUGGCUUUGAAUUUUUUAUAUAUUUUCCCCUAUGGGUACUCUCCAUGGUGGAAAGGCUUGCGGACAUUCAUGAUAUCAAUAUUGAGCGAGAACCUUAGUUAGAUAAUUUUAUAAUCGACAAUAUACAGAAUCCAUCGUACUACUCAGUGC